AUGCCACCUGCAAAGAAGAGAAAGACACGCGCAACAGCCGAAUCAUCGGAGGACGUACAACCACUCGAUGCCAUUACCAACGCAGAAACACCAGCAGAAACACCAGCAGAGACUAUACUCAAGAAAGCCACCGAACCUUCACCAUCAACCACAUCAUCCUCCUCCUCAGACGCCGUCGCCAAAGCCAAAGAACGCCAAGAAAGAUUCAAAGCCCUCCAAGCACGCGCCAAAUCUUCGGCACAAAAGAACCUUAAAGAAGCCACUCUCGAAUCGCAACGUCUAGCCACCGACCCCAAUCUCCUCGCAUCAUUGAGUCGUAAAUCCGCCGUGGCAUCUCAUAACCUCUUAAAAGCCGAUGCUGAAGCCGCGGGCGAAGAUUUCGAGCGCAAGCGAGCUUGGGAUUGGACGAUUGAAGAGAGCGAAAAAUGGGAUAAACGAUUGAAGAAAAAGGGGGCACAUAGGGAUGAUCAAGCCUUCCAGGAUUAUCGACAGGAUAGUAGAAAGGUAUAUAAGAGACAGAUACGCGAUCUGAAGCCUGAUAUGGAUUUCUACGAGAAGGAGAAGAUGGCUGCGGUAGAGCGGGCUGCGGCGUCAGGAGGUCUUGAGAUUGUGGAGACGGAAGAUGGCGAAUUGGUUGCUGUGGAUAAGGAUGGAACGUUUUAUAGUACAGCGGAUUCGACAGGGUUUGUGGAACAUAAGCCGGAGAAGGCGGCGGUGGAUAGAUUGGUGAAGGAUCUGCAGCAGGCGGAGGAGGCGAGGUUGAAGAAGCAGAAGGCGAGGAAUGCGGCGAAUGGGGAGGAUGGUGAUGUUACCUACAUCAACGAUAAGAACAAACAGUUUAACCAGAAGUUAUCGAGGUUUUACAACAAGGCAAGUAUACAUGACUUCACUCGUCCUUUACAUCUGCUAACAUUUCUUAGUACACUGCGGAAGUCAGGGACAGUUUCGAGCGUGGCACAGCUAUCUAAUUACAAUAAGGGUUGGGUGGAUAGAUUAUGCGGAGUUUGUUCAUACACUCUGUAG